UCCGGGGGAGGAGGAUGGGGCUGGAAGCGCUUUCGCCGAGGAUGCUCCUGUGCCUGGUGGCCUUGGGCACCGUUUUCUGCGGGGAGCUGUGGGUCUGCGCUGGCCUCGAUUAUGACUACACUUUGGAUGGCAGUGAAGAGGAUAAGGCGGAGUCUAUCGAUUACAAAGACCCGUGCAAAGCCACUGUAUUUUGGGGUGAUAUUGCCUUAGAUGAUGAAGACUUAAAUAUCUUUCAAAUAGAUAGGACAAUUGACCUGACCCAGAACCCCUUUGGACAACUUGGACAUACCACAGGUGGACUUGGAGACCAUGGUCUAGCAAAGAGACGAGGGGCCCUCUAUCAACUUAUAGACAGGAUAAGAAGACUCGGCUCUGGCUUGCAGCAAAACAGCACAGUUAAGGGAAAAGUACCUCAAAAAUUCUCAGGGCAAAAUGAGAAAAAUCGAGUUCCCAGAGCUGCUACAUCAAGAACGGAAAGAAUAUGGCCUGGAGGUGUUAUUCCUUAUGUUAUAGGAGGCAAUUUUACUGGCAGCCAGCGAGCCAUGUUCAAGCAGGCCAUGAGACACUGGGAAAAGCACACAUGCGUGACCUUCAUUGAAAGAAGUGAUGAAGAGAGUUACAUUGUGUUCACCUAUAGACCUUGUGGAUGCUGCUCCUAUGUAGGUCGGAGGGGAAAUGGACCCCAGGCCAUCUCUAUUGGAAAGAACUGUGACAAGUUUGGAAUUGUUGUUCAUGAACUGGGCCAUGUGAUAGGCUUUUGGCACGAGCAUACACGACCAGAUCGUGACAACCAUGUGACUAUCAUAAGGGAAAACAUCCAGCCAGGUCAAGAGUACAAUUUUCUGAAGAUGGAGCCUGGAGAGGUGAACUCCCUUGGAGAAAGAUAUGACUUUGACAGCAUCAUGCAUUAUGCCAGGAACACGUUCUCAAGGGGGAUGUUUCUGGACACUAUUCUCCCCUCCCGUGAUGACAGUGGCAUUCGGCCAGCGAUUGGCCAGAGGACCCGGUUAAGCAAAGGAGACAUUGCACAGGCAAGAAAGCUGUAUAGAUGUCCAGCUUGUGGAGAAACUCUACAAGAAUCCAAUGGCAACUUUUCCUCUCCGGGAUUCCCAAAUGGCUACCCUUCUUAUACACACUGCAUCUGGAGGGUCUCUGUGACCCCAGGGGAGAAGAUUGUUUUCAAUUUCACCACGCUGGAUCUCUACAAGAGUAGCUUGUGCUGGUAUGACUACAUCGAAGUGAGGGACGGACACUGGAGGAAGUCGCCUCUCCUUGGCAGAUUCUGUGGGGACAAAGUACCCGAAGUUCUUACCUCUACAGACAGCAGGAUGUGGAUAGAAUUUCGUAGCAGCAGUAACUGGGUAGGAAAAGGGUUUGCCGCUGUGUAUGAAGCAAUCUGUGGGGGAGAGAUACAUAAAAACGAAGGGCAGAUUCAGUCUCCUAAUUAUCCUGAUGACUAUAGACCGAUGAAAGAAUGCGUGUGGAAAAUAACAGUGACCGAGGGCUACCAUGUCGGACUGACCUUUCAGGCCUUUGAGAUUGAAAGACAUGACAAUUGUGCCUAUGACCACUUAGAAAUUCGAGAUGGGACCAGUGAAAAUAGCCCUUUGAUUGGACGUUUCUGUGGUUAUGAGAAACCUGAAGACAUCAGGUCCACCUCCAACACCUUGUGGAUGAAAUUUGUUUCUGAUGGAACUGUCAACAAAGCUGGGUUUGCCGCUAACUUUUUUAAAGAGGAAGAUGAAUGUGCCAAAGCCGACCGAGGAGGUUGUGAGCAGCGGUGCCUGAACACCCUGGGCAGCUACCAGUGUGCCUGCGAGCCUGGCUAUGAGCUGGGGCCAGACAGAAGGGGCUGUGAAGCUGCCUGCGGCGGACUCCUUACCAAGCUGAAUGGCACCAUAACCACCCCUGGCUGGCCUAAAGAGUACCCUCCUAAUAAAAACUGUGUGUGGCAAGUGGUUGCACCAACUCAGUAUAGAAUUUCCAUGAAGUUUGAAUUUUUUGAAUUGGAAGGCAAUGAAGUUUGCAAAUACGAUUAUGUGGAGAUCUGGAGUGGUCUUUCUUCAGAGUCUAAGUUGCAUGGCAAAUUCUGUGGGGCUGAAGUCCCUGAAGUGAUCACGUCUCAAUUCAACAACAUGAAGAUUGAGUUCAGAUCUGAUAACACUGUGUCAAAGAAGGGCUUCAAAGCACAUUUCUUCUCAGACCAAGAUGAAUGUUCUAAGGAUAACGGUGGGUGUCAGCACGAGUGUGUCAACACAGUGGGAAGCUACAUGUGUCAGUGCCGUAAUGGAUUUGUCCUGCAUGAAAAUAAACAUGAUUGCAAGGAAGCUGAGUGUGAACAGAAGAUCCACAGCCCCAGCGGUCACAUCACCAGUCCCAACUGGCCAGACAAGUACCCAAGCAGGAAAGAGUGCACGUGGGAGAUCAGAGGCACUCCUGGCCACCGGGUUAAAUUAGCCUUCAGUGAGUUUGAAAUUGAGCAACAUCAAGAAUGUGCUUAUGAUCAUUUAGAAGUAUUUGAUGGAGAAACAGAAAAAUCACCAAUUCUUGGACGACUAUGUGGUAACAAGAUACCAGAUCCCCUUGUGGCUACUGGAAACAAAAUGUUUGUUCGGUUUACUUCUGAUGCAUCUGUUCAAAGAAAAGGCUUUCAAGCCACACAUUCUACAGAGUGUGGUGGUCGAUUGAAAGCAGAACCAAAAUCCAGAGAUCUCUACUCUCAUGCACAGUUCGGUGAUAACAACUAUCCAGGACAGGUCGACUGUGAGUGGUUGCUAGUAUCAGAACGAGGCUCUCGACUUGAAUUAUCUUUCCAGGCCUUUGAAGUGGAAGAAGAGGCUGACUGUGGCUAUGACUAUGUUGAACUCUUUGAUGGUCUCGAUUCCACAGCCGUGGGGCUUGGGCGAUUCUGCGGAUCUGGACCACCAGAAGAAAUCUAUUCAAUUGGGGAUGCAGUUUUAAUUCAUUUUCACACCGAUGACACAAUCAACAAGAAAGGAUUUUAUAUAAGAUACAAGAGCAUAAGAUAUCCAGAAAGCAUGCAUACCAAAAAAUAACACCCGCACCUCUCUCAGAACCUAAAGGAAUGUGCACAGUGGAGAGAAGUCAUAUCUUUUUUUAACUGACGACAUUAGUACAAAUGUUUUAUAUAGUGAGUUUGAACAAAAGAAAACUGUACGAUCAAAGUUACACUAAUUGUACUAGAAGAGUUUCCAGCUAAUGCUGCCCAGCAUUACAAGAAUAUCUGAGCUCCGUGCUUGAUGCAUUAAAAAAUUUCGUGGACGUGCUUCAAGAAAGUGUCCAUCAGCUUGUGUUCACAGCUUGAAACAGAGGCUUCAUGAUUCAGACAGUUCAAUUCCGGGGCUGUUACCCUGCAGGGUGUCUUUUUGACUAUUUUUCAAGAUUUGGGGACAUGCCGUGAUCUUGCAGGUCAUAAAUUGGAAAACCUUUUUCUUUUAGCAUAAUUGCUUUGACUUUGUAUCUCUGAUACAGUGUAAACCAGAUUCAUAUAAAUGAUGUGAAGUGGGAGUCUUUGGAGGGUGGUUUGUACUGUGUGUGUGUGUGUGUGUGUGUGUGUGUGUGUGUGGAAACUGGAAUAGUUUAACUUCAUUAUUUUCACUUGCAGGCCAGCUUAACCUCUUCAAAACAUAAAUGAUAUUGAGACCACUUCAUUGUACUUACAUUUUGACAAAUUCAAAGCAUUGAUAGUAUCGAUUAAUGCAGUUAAAGUCUAGACAUCAUUUGUCUAAUUACUUAAAAUGCCCAGUUAAUUGGUAAACUCAGCUUUUUCUAUGUAAGUGCUGCCUUUUCACAACAAAUCUAAGAAGCCUGUGAUGUCUUAUGAUCUUAUGAGAAAACGCCCAUGAAGUGUGUGCAGGAUUCUUCUAAAAGACUGCCUGGAUGAUUCAUGUUCAAAUUACUACUGCUGCUAUUGUCUUUCUUUUGUUAAUGAUGUAUUUUUUUUGUAGUUAUUGUUGUUGAUGUCAUGGUUAGUGUGUUUAAAAGAUAGAACAAAGUAGAAGUGGCCCUUGUGAGAAUUUAAAAUCUCUCUCUCUCUCUCUUUGCUUCCUGGAAUUCAGUUCAAAAAAUGCAAUGUUGAAAAAAAAGGAUGUUUUUUCAGAAAGACUUCCUAUGGUGCUAUUCCAUAAACUUAUUUUUAAACAAUUUUUUGACCUUUGAGCCAACUGUAGACUCUGAAUGUCUCCAUAUGUCUGGCUUGUAGCAUUUGAAGAGUAAAGACUUGUGAAGUAUAUCGAGUAUAUCAUUGCAAAGGCAAAUACAUAUAUUUCCUGUGGAACAACUACUUAUAUUGCCUUAGAAUUCUUGCACAUGAUCCUACAGUUCUUCCUAGAAACACACCUUUUGAAAUAGUGAACAUAAUAGUUAACAAAUGUUAAUCAGGAUCUCCAUGAGGAAAACCCAUUUCCUUGACUGAGACAUUGGACAUAAACGUGAUGACCUGCUUUUGUUGUAGAAAAUGUAAUUUUAGGAUGAAUUUUCUGCUCAGUAGCCAUGUAUGUUUUUAAUAUUAAUGUGUGUAUAUGUGAGAUCGUCUGAGUGAGUGAACCUACAAGAAAAUGAAGAGUAAUGGUUGCUUGAAAAGUUAAAACUUAUGUGCCAAGUUCUACUAGAAUUCUGCUUGAAAUAGCACCUUUCUUAGCUUUCAUGGACAAAUAAUGGGAACUACUAAGUAUUAUCAAUCCCAUUAAAGACUCUUUCCUUUAGAGAAUCUCUAUUUUAAUAUUUUUUGAUGUUCAUGUAGAUUGCUCUAUGAAGUAGCUUUGUUUCUGUUAACUGUCCAUGAACACUGAACAGUUAAUAAAAUUGGUAUAUUUCUUUGCUUUCACAAAAUUAAACUCUACACACAGACACAGCUUAUUUGUUCAUUUUCUCAUUGUUGACCUGAAAGACAUCUCCCUGUAAAGUGUAAAUACAUUUUUGAAACCAAUGUUUUGAUCUCACUGAAUGUUACUUUGGAAAUGUAUUAACUCUUGCCUGCAAUGUAGAUAAGUCUUUCAGUGAAAUUGAUUUAUUCUGGUAUCUUUUAGUGUAUUUUCUCACUAAUCUCCAAAUAUCCAAGAUAUGCCAGGAACGAUGGAGAGAGGAAAAGGCAUUCACAAUGGAAGUGCUCAGUACUUCUCUGAGCUCUGUGUUAGGCAUGUGCACUGGCUCUUUCUAAAUUCCAUGCCGCCCUUGGAAACUGAGAAGGUUCUCAUUUUCUAGUCCAGGAACAAAGGCACAGAGCCUUUACAUAAGUAUAAAGUUAGAUGUAUACAACCAGUCAUCUGAUAUCAACCUCUGUGCUUGUUCUAUAAAGUAUCGAAGAAUCAAUCUUGAUACACACACACACACACACGCACGCACACACACACACAUGCACUUAAGCGGUAGGGUUUUAAUGAUGAAACUUCUCCAUAUAAAGUAAAUUUUAGGGGUGAAUCACAGUAGCACAUUCAGGACAAAUAUAUUGUUCCUUUUAGGAACAGCAUGAGAAUUAGAAUGUCAAUUGCAGAUAUCUUUAAGAAUCAGAGUUAGUACUAAAAAUUAAAAACACACGCAAAUUGUAGUUUGGAGUUUGUAUGAGCCUUUUGUUAAGAUAAAUAUAUUAACUUAUUUUACCUGGCAUGGUAGGAAAAAUGUAGUAUUCUCUUUUGCAAAAAGCCCAACUAUUCCAACUGACAUCUUAUUAGGCAACAGUAAUCUGUGCUCGACAUAAACAGAUUUUUUUUUCUGACAACCAGGAAAUUGUAGGUUUUAAGAAGGCAUAUUGUCAUAAUUU